CCAGGCCCGGCCCCACGCCCCGCCUCUCCCCGCCCAGCCCGGCUGUGGCCUCCGCAAGCGGAGAAGGCCGAGACGAUGCUGGAAACGCUGCGGGAGCGAUUGUUGAGCGUCCAGCAGGACCUCAGCGCCGGGUUGAAGACUUUGAGCGACAAAUCAAGAGAAGCAAAAAAGAGCAGGCAGAGAACUGUUCAGUGUUUGCCAGAGUUUUCUGGUGGACUGGAAUUACUAAGCAGAUAUGAAGAUGCUUGGGCUGCCCUUCACAAAGGAGCCAAAGAUUGUGCAAAAGCUGGAGAGCUUGUGGAUAGUGAAGUUGUGAUGCUUUCUGCACAUUGGGAGAAGAAAAGGAACAGUCUGGUGGAACUACAGGAUCAGCUUCAGCAAAUACCUGUUUUUUUAGCAGAUUUGGAAUGCCUCACGGAAAGCCUAGCCCAGCUAGAGGCAAACUUCGAGGAAAUGGAGAAUCAUCUAUUGUGUCUUGAGGACCUGUGUGGACAGUGUGAGUUGGAAAGAUACAAAUGUAUGCAGACAUUACAGCUGGAAAACUACAAGAAAACAAAAAGGAAGGAACUUGAGACCUUCAAAGCUGAGCUAGAUGCUGAACAUGCACAGAAGGUUUUGGAUAUGGAGCACACCCAGCAGAUGAAGCUAAAGGAACGUCAGAAGUUCUUUGAAGAAGCCUUCCAGCAGGACAUGGAGCAAUACCUUUCUACAGGAUACUUGCAGAUAGCAGAGAGGCGAGAACCGAUUGGAAGUAUGUCUUCCAUGGAGGUGAACGUGGACAUGCUGGAACAGAUGGACCUAAUGGACAUGUCUGACCAAGAAGCACUUGAUGUCUUUUUGAACUCAGGAAGCGAAGACAAUAAUAUGCUUUCUCCCAUGCUGGGGCCCGACACCAACAGCUACGUGAACGAGAUAAGCCUGCAGGUUCCCAGCCAGUCUGAACUACGCCAGAAACUGUCUUCCCUGUCCUCCACCUGCACCGACUCUGCCAGCCAGGACGCGAGCGAAGGAGAGUCUCCGGUGGUUCAGUCCGACGAGGAGGAAGUUCAAGUGGACACUGCUCUUGCUGCUGUAACCGAGAGAAAGGGCGCUUCAGAUGUUAGUGAUGAAAGUGACUCUCAAACUAUUUGAAUCCUAAAACCAUAUCCUUUAAGAAUGACUUCUGAAUGAAUGAACAAGUGAAUGAAGAGCUUGCCUGUGUAACAAUUUGCUAACCGAGCGUUAACAGCCAGAUCUUUUUACUUAGUCAUACCGCCUUUUUACAAAAUUGCCAGUCAUGUGGAGGUUGGUUUUUAAAAAAACAAAACAAUAAUGCCUAAAGCACACACACUUUAACAGUAGUCUUGGGGCUCAGGAGAGCAGUAAAUCUGUUGUAUAUACUAUGUAUAAGAGAAUUAAAGCAGAAAGAUACAAGUUACUUUGACCACUAACCUUUAAAUGGCUGAUUGGAAAUCCUUAGACUUGAUGUGUAAUACUGAACCCAAAUUGUUCCUUGCAUGUUUUCAGCUGCUGCAACCGAAGAUUUAGGAUCCAAACCACAAUGAAAAGUUAUUUUCUACUCUUUACUACCUACUGUCUGCCUACUGCCUUUGUCUACUAAAGCAGCAGUGUCUACUCUCUCACACUUCUUAUUCAGGACCAACUUAGUUAUCGUAGGUGUUAAGGAAAAAAAAGAAAAAAAACAGAAACGGAAAAGGAGGAGAGAUGCAUAUUGAAAUGUUACACUCCUCGUGGAGCAGAUAUCUUAGCAUUGUAUAAACUUACUCCUCUUUCGAGAUAAAAUAAAGUAUUUCUAUCCCAACCAUGUCUUUUACUUGAUUACCCAAAUAUUUUAUCCAUGACAGUGAACAGAGGAGACUAAUUCAGCAAUCAGAAAAAAAAAUAAUGGUUAUUUAUACUGAGCACCAGUGUAAUUUACUUUUCCAUGGUAACAUCUGUUUGACUACACUGAUGCAAGCCAGCAAUUUAAUGGCAAUAAACCUGAAUUAAUUAUAAA